CAGCAUGCACGGAGGAUGCUCGCGUCUUGCUCGGGCAGGAAGGGGCCGGAGGGCAGGUACCCGCUGCACUACCUCGUCUGGCACAACCGCGCCCGUGACCUGGACCGAGAGCUCAGCGCCAAGCAGGCCGACAUCGAGCAGCUGGACCCCCGAGGACGCACCCCACUGCAUCUGGCCACCACACUGGGCCACCUUGAGUGUGCCAGGGUGCUGCUGAAGCAUGGAGCCGACGUGGGCAAGGAGAACCGCAGCGGAUGGACAGUCCUGCAGGAGGCCGUGAGCACCCGUGACCUGGAGCUGGUGCAGCUGGUCCUGCGCUACCGCGACUACCAGAGAGCCAUCAAGCGCCUGGCCGGGAUCCCCGUCCUGCUGGAGAAGCUGCGCAAGGCCCAGGACUUCUACGUGGAGAUGAAGUGGGAGUUCACCAGCUGGGUGCCUCUGGUGUCCAAGAUCUGCCCCAGUGACACCUACAAGGUGUGGAAGAGCGGCCAGAACCUGCGGGUGGACACCACGCUGCUGGGCUUUGACCAUAUGACCUGGCAGCGGGGCAACCGCAGCUUUGUCUUCCGAGGACAAGACACCAGCGCGGUGGUGAUGGAGAUUGACCACGACCGGCGGGUGGUCUACUCGGAGACGCUGGCCCUGGCCGGCCACGACCAGGAGGUGCUGCUGGCUGCUGUGCAGCCCACGGAGGAGCAGGUGAUGGGGCGGCUGACAGCCCCCGUUGUCACCACCCAGCUCGACACCAAGAACAUCGCCUUCGAGAGGAACAAGUCCGGGAUCCUGGGCUGGAGGAGCGAGAAGACAGAAAUGGUGAAUGGGUACGAGGCCAAGGUCUAUGGCGCAUCCAACGUGGAGCUGAUCACACGGACGCGGACUGAGCACCUCUCGGACCAGCACAAGGGCAAGAGCAAAGGCUGUAAGACCCCCCUGCAGUCCUUCCUGGGCAUCGCUGAGCAGCACGUGGGGCCCAACAAUGGGACACUGAUCACGCAGACGCUGAGCCACGCCAACCCCACCGCCAUCACCCCUGAGGAAUAUUUCAACCCCAACUUCGAGCUGGGCAACCGGGACAUGGGACGGCCCAUGGAGCUCACCACCAAGACACAGAAGUUCAAGGCGAAGCUGUGGCUGUGCGAGGACCACCCACUGUCCCUCUGCGAGCAGGUUGCCCCCAUCAUCGACCUCAUGGCAAUAAGCAACGCGCUCUUCGCCAAACUGCGGGACUUCAUCACCCUGCGCCUCCCGCCCGGCUUCCCCGUCAAGAUCGAAAUCCCCAUCUUCCAUAUCCUCAACGCCCGCAUCACCUUUGGCAACCUCAAUGGGUGUGACGAGCCUGUCAGUUCCCUGCGGCACAGCCCCAGCAGUGAGGCACCCUCACCCAGCAGCGACUCCUCCAGCGUCAGCAGCUCCAGCUCCCUCAGUAUGUGGGCCUCGUGCCGAGCGUGCGAGAUGGACCCGGCGCUGUUCGAGGUGCCGCGGGGGUACAGCGUGGUGGGCACCCACCAGGAUGCCCUGAGGGAGGAUGAGGAUGACCUGCUGCAGUUUGCCAUCCAGCAGAGCCUGCUGGAAGCCGGCAGCGAGUACGACCAGGUGACCAUUUGGGAAGCACUGACCAACAGCAAGCCGGGCACCCACCCCAUGUCGCACGAAGGCCGCCGGGGAGACAGGACUCCCCAGCACACGGCGGCCCCCCGGCCCCCUGUCACCCCGUCCCCGGGGGGGGGCAGGGGGCCCAGCGCCCUGUUCCCC